ACUUGAGUGUAACAACGAUUUCAAUUUCCCAUGCAUCCAUCUCUGUAUCAACUGUGAUUCAAAAUUAAUUUGUCGCAAUGUUUCGAGAAAUGGAUCCCGAUGAGCCGGAGAAAACUAUCUCCGAUGAAUCUGUCGUGGGGAAGUAUGCUCAAGCUGCCGAAAUUGCUAACCGUGUUUUGAAGAAAGUUAUUGAAAAAUGUGUCGAUGGAGCUUCUUGUCGCGAAAUUUCAGAUUUCGGAGAUGAAUUAAUCGCAGAAGAAUGCACCAAGGUGUUUAAAAAAGAAAAAGAGAUGAAGCGGGGAAUCGCUUUUCCAACGUGUGUAUCUGCUAAUAAUUGUAUUUGUCACUUUUCACCAAUUAAAAGCGAACCAGACUACAUUCUUAAGAAUGAAGACGUUGUAAAAAUAGAUUUAGGAGCCCACAUAGAUGGAUUUAUUGCCGUGGUUGCCCAUACUAUCAUUGUUGGUGCUUCACCAACCGAAAAAAUCACUGGUCGUAAAGCUGAUGUGUUUUUGGCAGCCUACCACGCUUCACAAGCUGCAUUAAGAUUACUGAAACCUAAAGCUGACACUUACACCAUAACUGAUACCGUUCAAAAAGUAUGCAAAGAGUAUGAUUGUAAACCAAUCGAGGGAAUGCUUAGUCACCAACUGAGCCAGUUUAGAAUCGACGGUCAAAAAACAAUUAUUCAAAAUCCGACCGAAGCACAAAGGAAAGAACACGAGAAAUUUGAAAUUAGCGAAUAUGAAGUGUACGCUAUGGACGUACUUGUAAGCAGUGGAACCGGUGUAGGACGUGAACAAGACGCUAGAGUGUCGAUCUAUAAAAAAACCGAUGAAAUAUACCAGUUAAAAUUAAAAGCCUCCCGUAUGUUUUACGCGGAAGUAGUCAAAAAAUAUGGAAGCAUGCCUUUCAAUCUGCGUAGUUUCGAAGACGAAAGAUCCGCUAAAAUGGGUGUCGUGGAAUGCGUUAAUCAUAAAUUAUUAAAUCCUUUUCAAGUACUUUAUGAAAAACCAGGUGAGUUUGUUGUUCAGUUCAAGUUUACUGUGAUGGUGCUCCCCAAUGGACCAUCCAAAAUUACUGGAUUACCACUUGACGAAUCGUUAUUUGAAUCGAAUAAUUCGAUUAGUGAUCCCGAACUCAAAGUUUUAUUGCAAUCGUCGUUGAAACAUAAACCCACUAAAAAGAAAAAGAAACCCGCGAAAUCAGCUAAAACUGCUGACGCAUUGAGCAAUAACGUAGAGAAAAUGGAUAUCGACUCAGAGAAUAAAAUGGAAGUUGAACAAGCCGCGUGAAAUUCCCUUCUAAAUUUCGUUAUUUCGUCCCGAUUAUUCUUACAAUUUUUAUUUAGGUUAAUUGUACUAUCUAGAAAUUACAGUGUCCUGUUGUAUUAUAGAAAUCCUACGUGUAUUGUAUUUACAUGAAGUUUCCGAUUUCUUUUUUUUUUCUUUAAUUUAUAUUUUCACUCAUAUUCUGACGUCUGUUAUUUGAUGUUUUUUCCUGAGGAAAAAUUUCCGUUUAAAAAUCAUGAACCCUAGAUAUACGUUUAACCUUGUAAAAAUUUCAUUAACCUAAAUAAUGUUGCUGGCAUUACGUUGACCAUAUUGGUUCAUGUAAUUUUGUCGCAUGUUUCUGACAAAAAUAUUUUUCUAAAAAGAAUAAUUUUUAUUGA